AUGUCGGAGGCAGGGGGCGCGGACCGGGCGCGGGCCGCCGUGGUGCGGCUCGCAGAGGCGGUGGGCGAGCGGCGGCGGCGGCUGGGCACUGCCAUGGGGGAGGCGCAGCGGCAGCGGCGGAUGCUGUUGCUGGUGGUGUGCGUGGCGCUGCUGCUGGACAACAUGCUCUACAUGGUCAUCGUGCCCAUCAUCCCCGACUACAUCGCGACCAUGCGCGGCGGGGGCCACACCGGCGGCCCGUCCGCGCCCGCGGGGGUCAACGAGAGCGGCAGUAGCAACCGGAGCCUCCUGCCGGCGCGGUACCCGGCGGCCACAGGAGGCAACGAGGACGUGCAGAUCGGGGUGCUCUUCGCCUCCAAGGCCAUGCUGCAGCUGCUGGUGAACCCGCUCAGCGGCACCCUCAUCGACCGCGUGGGCUACGAGGCUCCUCUGCUGGCCGGGCUGGCCGUCAUGUUCCUCUCCACCGCUACCUUCGCCUUCGCCCAGAACUAUGCGACGCUGUUCGCGGCGCGCAGCCUGCAGGGUCUGGGCUCGGCCUUCGCCGAUACGGCAGGCAUCGCGCUCAUCGCCGACCGCUACGCCGAGGAGCCGGCGCGGAGUCGUGCCCUCGGCACAGCGCUUGCCUGCAUCUCCUUCGGCAGCCUCGCGGCCCCACCCUUCGGCGGCGUGCUCUACGAAUUCGCUGGCCAGCGGGUGCCCUUCCUAGUGCUGGCCUGUGUCUGCCUCCUCGACGGUGUGCUGCUGCUGGCCCUGGCACCGCCUUGGGCCUCUGGGGCACGAGCAAACAUGCCUGUGGGUACCCCUAUUCACCGCCUCAUGGUGGACCCCUACAUUGCUGUGGUGGCAGGGGCCCUGGCCACCUGCAACAUUCCCCUGGCAUUCCUGGAGCCCACCAUUGCCAACUGGAUGAAGGAAUCCAUGGGGGCCAGUGAGUGGGAGGUAGGCCUCACCUGGCUACCCGCCUUCUUUCCCCACGUGUUAGGUGUCUACGUCACCGUCAGGCUGGCUGCCGCGUACCCCCACCUGCAGUGGUUUUACGGGGCCUUGGGCAUGGCCAUCAUUGGUGCCAGUUCCUGUCUGGUGCCAGCCUGCAGGAAUUUCGGGCAGGUUAUUGUUCCCCUCUGUGGCAUCUGCUUUGGCAUCGCCCUUGUGGACACAGCCCUGCUGCCCACCCUGGCCUUUCUGGUGGAUGUGCGCCAUGUCUCUGUCUACGGCAGCGUUUAUGCCAUUGCAGACAUCUCCUACUGUGUGGCGUAUGCCCUGGGGCCCAUCGUAGCUGGCCAGAUUGUGCACACCAUGGGCUUUGCACAGCUCAACCUGGGCAUGGGGCUUGCCAACGUGCUUUACGCCCCUGUCCUCCUCUUACUCAAAAACGUCUGCCAAAUGAAACCUUCUCACUCAGAGAGGAACAUCCUCCUUGAAGAAGGACCUAAGGGACUAUAUGACACCAUCAAAAUGGAGGAGCGCAAAGGCAUGAGCAAAAGCCUCCAUGCAGCAGGCGAGACAGAAGAGAACGGCAUGGACUCUUACCACAGAGACCUGACAGGGGUGUCUGAGGAGGACUCAUCAGAUUAUGAGUAUAGUUAAGUUCACCCAUAGAGCCCAGCUCCAGGAGCAAGACGUGGGCAUGUGGGAGAGAGGAAAAGGGGAAGAUGAAAGCAUUACUGCAUUAUAUUUCUGUACCAACAUGCAAUAUAUACAGUUUAACCUUUGUCAUGAUGUAAUGGCUUUCUUCUAGACUUAUUUUUAGUCGGUAUUUCCUUCAGCGUUCUGGCAAGGUGGAAGGGGUGGGUGAUGGGGGAACAACCCUGAGUACCAUUAUCUGAAUAAUCAUUAGCAUAAAUCAAGGAGGGGGGGGGGGGGGAGGGAUUCUUCCCAAAAAAUCCCCAAUACGACCAAUAAAACAAAACCCCCAACAGCCUCGUAGCUGGGGGAGAAUUGUGCAAAGUUUUUCAAGCUGAAACCGUGUGUGACAUACUGUACAUCUGUAAAAAAAAAAAUGGCAAAGCAAAAAAAGUGUGUAAAAAUAAUUUCGAGUGCUAUAUUCAGGGACUUAGUAAAAUCUGUGUACAUAGAGAUUUUCAGUUGAUUUCAUAUAUUUAAGAAGUGAAACGACUAUCAUGACAUCUUAUUCUUCCUUUGGAAUAAACUGAAGUAUUGUACCUUUUUUUUUUUCUCUCUUGUGCUGCUCUCUGGUAAGUGCAAUGCGCUGUAUUAUGUUGAAGUUCAAAAUACAAGAAUAAGAUCUGAAUAAACGGAACUGAAGGGGAUUGAUUGUCUUUGUUUCGUUGUUGAGGGCUGCUUGAGAAAGGAAGCAGGUUGUUCUCAGUGUAACCCCUACAGUAACAAUUCUUAAACCUCAUCGGUUACCAAAAUUGGCCAGGAAAAAACCCUGGUACAAAA